GCUUGUUCUUAUCCUUCAAGCUUUCGGAGACUUUUUGUUGAGAAUGGUGGAUCUACGAUUAAUAAUCUGCCCUUGAACCCAACCAUUUAUCAGCAUCGAUUCAUCAUCGUCCUCGGCAUACCGAGGUACUAGCGAGGUAUUUAUAUCAAGAUGUAGGAUAGAUUCAAAAUCUCUCUCAUCAACAUAUCCUGCCUUCCUACGUCAGAAGUGUAUCUAUCCCAUAACAUAAUUCCUCGUUACGGCUUCAACGAAUAAAAUGGCGUCCGCGGUCAUCAACCAGAUUGCCAUCCUAACUCCUAAGGAGGGAAAGUUCGACGAGCUCGCCGCUGAGUUGGCCAACAUCACCCGGAACGUGCAAGAAAACGAACCCGAGACUCUGGUGUACUAUGCCUACGCCGAUGCCAAGAAGGAAGAGAUCAUUGUCGUUGAGAGAUAUGUGAACCAAGCUGCCUUGGACAAGCACCGAGCUGCACCAUACUUCCAGGAUCUCAUCAAGAAGGCCCCAGAGUUGUUAGGCAAACCCCUGGAACUCAAGGUUGGCCAUGAGUUGCUCCAGGAAUCUGCACAGGUUGUCCGACUGUAGGAUGUGAGCGAUAUCUUUUU